AGUUGAGUGCUGCCUCCCUGGGGCAGCCCCUUUCUGCUCUACUGCUGUGCUUGCUGGUUGUUUUAGGGAGCCUGGGCAGCCCAGAAAAAAGUCACCAAGCAAAACUUCCUUGCCUAUCCUGACCAGGAAAUACCAGAGUGGGUGCCAUGACAGGGUGUGGCCCAGGGGCCUAAGAGGCCUUGGAGAGGGUAGGGGAUGUCCCAGUGACCCUGCCUGAGAGCAACCUGGCUUGGACAGAGGCCGGGAAUGCAGGGGAGAGAGCAGGUCUGGCUACUGGUUAGAUCGACACCGGGACAGGCAGCUGACUCACGUGGGCACGCCGAGACUAGCCAGUUCUGUCCUCACCCGCCCCACAGAGAGCACCAAGGCUGCCUGAGGAGGUAGGAGGCAGGGCCCUACUGGGAAUUUGCUGUGUGCCCUGAGGCAAGUUGCCUAGCCUUUCUGAACUGCCUAGCUCAGUUCCUUUCUAGGCCUCAGUUUCUCCAUAUGUACCUCCUGUGCAGCCUGCCACUAAGGGACCUUAAACCUGGGUAGAGGGCCCUGAGGGCAGUGCCCUGGCCAUGUGCAGCCGGGAGGAGGAGGCCCUGCGGCGGCUGGAGGAGGUCUUCUCAGCUACCCUCGCCCGCAUCAACAGCCUUGUCCUCCAGCCCCUGCUCGAAACCACCCCAGAGCCCUCUGACCCCCAGGUCAGGGAGUGCCUGCGGCUCGUGCAGCAGCUGCACCAGAGCUCCCAGCGGCUCUGGGAGGUGACGGAGGAGAGCCUGCACUCGCUGCGGGAGCGGCUGGGCCACCACGACGCCGUGGGUCUGGAGUCCCUGCUGUUGCUGCGUGAUGCUGACCGUGUCCUGCAGGUCCACGUGGAGUACAUCGAGUCCUACGCUAGCUGCGUGGCGGUGCAGGCCUUUCAGAAGGCAGCAAAGAAGAGGAGGGAGUUCUGGCGGGGCCAGCGCAAGGCCCUGGGGCAGCUCCUGUCGGGCGUGAGCUCCGAGGCCAAGGUGGGCAUCGCACUGACCCAGGCCCUCCGCCAGCCGCUGGCCCAUCACGUGCAGCAGUAUGUGCUCCUUCUGCUGAGCCUCGGGGACAGUGUCACGGAGCCUCAUCCCACUCGGGAGCUGGUGGUGCACGCGGCCACCCUCUUUGGGAACCUGCAGUCCUUCAUGAGGCAGGCGCUGGACCAGGCCCUGGCCACGCAGGCUCUCUGGCACUCCCUGAGCAGCCGGCUGAGAGAUGUGCUCUGCACCCCUGCGCGUCGACUGCUGCAGGACAGCCAAGAUGUAGCCGUGACGGUCACCCCGCUGCGGGCAGAGCGUGUGCUGCUCUUCAACGAUGCCCUCGUCUUGCUGCAGGGUCACAGUGUCCACACCUUUGAUCUGAAGCUGGUGUGGGUGGAUCCUGGGCAGGACGGGUGCACCUUUCAACUCCUCACACCCGAGGACAAGCUCUCCUUUUGCUCUAAGAACGCUCAGGACCUGAUGGUCUGGCAGUGGAAAGUGACUCAGGCUGUGUGCCAGGCCCUACGUGGGAAGAAGGACUUCCCUGUGCUGGGGACAGGCCUGGAGCCCUCCGAGCCCCCCGCCUGCCGCUGCGUGGCAUACACCUUCCGUGCUGAGGGCCGGCUCUGUCAGGCCACCUACGAGGGCGAGUGGUGUCGGGGCAGGCCCCAUGGCAGGGGCACCCUGAGGUGGCCAGAUGGCCGGAAUCACGUGGGGAGCUUUUGCCAAGGCCUGGAGCAUGGCUUCGGCAUCCGCCUGGUGCCUCAGGCCUCUGAGGACAAGUUUGACUGUUACAAGUGCCACUGGCGGGAAGGCAGCAUGUGCGGCUACGGCAUCUGUGAGCCUGCGGCACGGAUUUGGGGUCCUCGAGAGCGCCCCGCAGGCCCCACAGCCCUGCAGGUACACGGGCCACUGGGAGAAGGGCCAGCGGAGCGGGUAUGGCAUCGAAGAGGACAGCGACAGAGCACACAGAAGUGCCCGGGAACGAUUCUGACCCCACUCUGGCUCCUCUCCAGGGGGGAACGCUAUAUCGGCAUGUGGCAGGCUGACCAGCGCCAUGGCCCGGGGGUCAUGGUCACACAGGCUGGUGUCUGCUACCAGGGGACCUUCCAAGCGGACAAGAUGGUGGGCCCCGGGAUCCUCCUCUCUGAAGAUGACUCCUUAUAUGAAGGCACCUUCACCAGGGACCUGACCCUUGUGGGGAAGGGCAAGGUCACCUUCCCCAACGGCUUCACCCUGGAGGGCUCUUUUGGCAGUGGGGCAGGGAAAGGACUGCAUACCCAGGGAGUGCUGGACACGGCUGCCUUCCCGCCAGAUCCAAGCAGCACCCGAAAGAGGCAGCUAGGUGUGGGUGCCUUCCCCGUGGAGAGCCGCUGGCAGGGGGUCUAUGGCCCCUUCCGGGACUUCAUUAGUGCCGGCUGCCCUGGGGAUGAGCAGGAGGCCCUGCUGGGCUUCCAUGUACAGAACUCGAGGGAGCUGCGCAAAUCCCAGGAGUACCUGUGCUGUGAGAGGACCCAGCCCGAGGCCUGUGCAGGCAGAAUGGAGGACGUCCUGGACGAGCUCUUGCUGCACCGGGAGCCCAGGGCCCUGCGGGAGUGCCUCGGGAAGGCUCUGAGCAGCUCGCUGCACCCCUUGGGCAAGCUGCUGCGGAUGCUGAUGCUGACCUUCCAGGCCACGUAUGCGGGCAUUGGGGCCAACAAGCACCUGCAGAUGCUGGCCCAGGAGGAGGUGAAGCAGCACGCGAGGGAGCUCUGGGCUGCCUACAGGGGUCUGCUGCAGGUGGCCUUACGACGCAAGGGCCAGGCUCCAGAGGAGGACGAGGAUCCGGAGGCAAGGGACCUGCAGGUGCAUGGCCUCGUGCUGCCGCUUAUGCUGCCCAGCUUCUACUCGGAGCUCUUCACUCUCUACCUGCUUCUCCACGAGUCGGAGGAUAGUCUCUACAGCCAGGGCAUUGCCAACCUGAGCCUCUUCCCUGACACAAAGCUGCUCGAGUUCCUAGAUGUGCAGAAGCACCUGUGGCCCCUCAAGGACCUCACGCUGACAACCAAUCAGAGACUUUCCCUGAUCAGGGACAAGUGCUUCCUGUCAGCCACUGAAUGUCUGCAGAAGAUCAUCACUACGGUGGAUCCCCGGGAGAAGCUGGAGGUGCUGGAGAAGACAUAUGGGGAGAUUGAGGCCACUGUGUCGCGUGUGCUGGGCCAGGAGCACAAGCUGCCCAUGGACGACCUGUUACCCCUGCUUAUCUAUGUGGUGUCACGUGCCCGAAUCCAGCACCUGGGAGCCGAGAUCCACCUGAUUCGUGACAUGAUGGACCCCAUCCACACAGGAGGCUUGUAUGACUUCUUGCUCACAGCCCUGGAGUCCUGUUACGAGCACAUCCAGAAGGAAGACAUGCACCGCUUUCCUGGCCGCUGGGACUCCAAGGAGCUCUGGUAGCUGGGCCGGCCCGGGCCCACUGCAGAGCGGAGAGGGGCCGCCGCGGACAUCCCUGGGGAGCAAGCAAGGCCAGGGCCUCAUCACCCGCAGAGCAGACGGCAGACUGGAGGUGGCUCUCAGAGGAGAUGAGCUAUUAGUGUCUCCCAAGGAGAUACGGCUGCUACCACCCCUGAGCACUGAUGGCAAUGACACUGGAGCCGGGGGCUUCCCCUCCCCCUCGCCCUGCCGCUAGGUCAGUCUCAAGGAUGACCUCCUGGACCUGCCUCGACUCACAGGUUUUUUGCCAACCAAGCCUCCCCAGCCUCAAUGUUGUUGUCUGUGUCCCAGUGGCCCAGACGGUCUGUGACGGACCUUCUGCGCAUCUUGCUGGAUUCUGGAGUCCUUCUGGAAGUUUGCCAUUAGUCUGCUGGGCUGAUUUCCUCCCAUCA